AUGCAGAACCUUGACCGCGAGAUCCGUAUCUGGGCCGUAUUAGAGCAUGAAUAUGUGCUGCGUUUGUAUGGCACUGUAAAGGAAUUCGGCCCGUUUCGCGCAUUGGUUUCUCCCUGGAUGCCGAACGGGACUUUGGACUCCUACCUCAACCGUACGUCUGUGACCCUCACGAUGAUGGGUAGGCUUCGCCUCCUUCAACAAAUCGCUGAGGGACUCAAGUAUCUCCACGACAAUAGCGUGAUACACGGUGACCUGACCAGUAAUAAUGUUCUGGUUGCUGCCGAUGGAUCCCCUCGCCUUGCAGAUUUCGGAAUCUCGAAUAUCAUGGUACAAUCCAAUCCUGCCUUUUCCUACCACACCGGUGCAGUACGUUGGGUCGCUCCGGAGCUCCUCGAUCCCCCAGAAGGUCAACCUAUACAAUACGCAACCAACUCUAGUGACAUAUAUGCCUUCGGUGGUAUCAUGCUUCAGGUCCUGUAUGGGAAACAGCCCUACUGGUGGCUUAAGACCGCUAUACACGUUGUUUCUGCAAGGUUCAAACACCUAGAGCCCAUUGACUCCACCAUCGAAAUCCAGCCCAAUCACUUGGAUUUCAUGCGGCGGUGUUGGUCAGCCGAUACCAAGGUUCGUCCAUCAGUGGACGGGGUACUAAACUACCUUCAAGUAGCACUGUCGAAGGAGACUUCGUCUGGAUGAGGCCUCAGUUUUGAAGCGAUCCUUUUUUCUGCCUUCUUUAUAUCAACAUUGAUUUUGCAUCCUUUAUACAUCAUACCAGUUAGUGUAUGUUCUCAGUAUUUCUCUAUUAUAAGCGCGACAGGUCGGCACCUAG